AUGGCUGUCAUCCCGAAGUCGACAGAUACAACUGUGCGCAAGCGCAAUCGAAACGCCGCCGGCUGCAUCACUUGCAGGAUCAGAAGAGUCAAAUGUGACGAAGGCCGACCAUCAUGCCAUCGCUGUACCAGUACUGGUCGGAAAUGUGAUGGCUAUUCAGCACCAAAAGAGCCAACCCCGCUAGCGUAUUUGGUGAUAGCUCAAACGAGCUCGGAAUGCCAAUACAUCGCCCGGACAGCCUUUCAGUACUUCCACGAAGUCUGUGCGCCCGCGCUCUCCAACUAUGGCAGCCAGUCCUUCUGGACCAAACUCGUGCUCCAGGCAUGCCACUAUGACGAGAGCAUCAAGCAUCUCAUUAUCGCGGCAUCGUGCCUUGGAGCCCAAGACUACCCGCUGCUGCGAUCGAAAUCAUCCACAGGAUGUCCAUUGUACCUGUCGCAUUAUGGCAAAGCACUCAAACUGCUGAGUCACGCCAGAAGUCCCGAUCCUGCGGUAGUUUUGAUGGCCUGUUUACUGCUGGUCCUGUGCAAUGAGCUUCAGCACAACACUAAGGUAGCUCUCCAGCACAUGCUGGCAGGGAAGAGCAUUCUCGACUCGUAUGCGGCGCGUGACCAUCCUCAAAGCAACGCCGCCGUCGCCGAAAUUGCGCCCGUCUUCUCCCAGCUCGAACAGCAUGCCGGCGUGCUGCAGUGCCUCGACAUGACUAGGAGCUCUGCAACACCAUCAAUAACGACGUCAACAGUUUCCCCAGAAUCCGUGGCGCAAAUCAUCGACAGCGGCGCCCGAAUCGAUUCUCAACCGCCGGACAUGUUCACCGACAUCGAUGAUGCCGCCAUCUCCUUACAAGCCGUGGCCAUCACCUGCGUUGCAACAUCGCCCCGCGACGAGGCUUCAUCUCCAACAGUGUUCCAUACAGUCCCCACUCCCAUAGCCAGCUUGGACUCCUGGUUCGACCGCUUCACAGCCUUCGAAUCAUCCAUAAUUCAAGGUCCACAAACAUUCCUCAGUCCAGACCACCAAAUCCUUCGUAUGUACCAUACGACCCUGCACAUCAUUUCCGGCUGUAGCCCAUACUCCGAAGAAACCGCCUUCGACACCUACACGGAGAUGAUGCAGCAAUUGGCACUUAUCUGCGCUCAGCUCGUCCCAUUGACAACAACGAGAUUGAUUCCGAUAUUAUUCUUCAUCGCGACGCGCUGCCGCAACGCCAGCCUACGUAGGCGAGCAAUUGAGGUAUUGCGCCAAUGCGGCGUCGACGGACAGAUCACAGCCAGGAUCGCGCUGAAGGUAGUGCAGAUCGAGGAGCGUGGCGUCGAAGAGCCGAUCAGUCGCGCCGACAUUCCUGAGGCGAAUCGAAUAAAAAUCAUUGAUGUUCAAAGUGACAUUCUAGGAGAUGGUUAUAUCUUGCUCUUCAGACGGUCGCCUUACGGGACGAAUACACCUGUCCAAUACUGCUCGGUGCCUGCUCAAACUUCAGAAUCAACAGACGGUGCUUCGAGGUGUAUUCAGCCACUGUCAUCAGUACGACCAGUGCUCAAGUUCGACUUCUUGAUGUUCUGGAAUCGUGACGUUUCAACGUUUUGA